AUGAGUUCAAUUGAUGAUGGAGCUUCACUGUCUAUGGAUUCUGAAAACUUGGAAGAGAAAGCUGCUGAUCAAGAAGAGAAUGAGAAGGUGGAUGAUUCUGAUAAUAAUAAUAAUAAUAACAACAGUGAUCAUGUUUGCAUCUUGUGUAACAAGAGCUUCUCGACUAACAAGAAGUUGCAUGGACACAUGAGAGUUCAUCCUGAGAGAUCAUACAGAGGGAUGGUUCCUCCUGAAGGGAAAGUGAUCAAGAACAAAAACAGUCAACCUGUUUCUCUAAAGAAAGGGCUAAAGUGGGGGAAUAUGUUUCAGAGAGGCCGAAUUGGAAGCUCAAGUAAUCCUCAGCCUCCUCGACCUUCUGACGCAGAAGGGUGGAUGAGCUUUCAUCCUAUCAAUGACUUGGACAAUGAGUCUGAAGAAGAUCAAGCUGCAGUUAUUCUCCAAAUGAUUAGUGAGUAUGAGACUGAUUACUCAGUGAGUCUUGAUAGAGCAAGCUCUUUGUUGACUGGUAUUCUUGAGUACUACCAAGAAGAGGGAUACCCCAAGAGAUUAAAAAUAACUGAAUUUGAUGAUGAAAAAGAAGAAGUGCAAGAACAGGUGGUGGAAGAGAAGAAGGAAUACACAUGCCAGACAUGUAAUAGAUCAUUCUCAACUCAUCAAGCGUUGGGAGGACAUAGAGCAAGCCAUAGCAAAGUGAGGAACAAUGUUGAGGAGGGUGAGUCAUCAGAGAAGGGAAAACAGCAGGUGAGUUCUGGACAAGAGAUACAUCAAUGUAAACAUUGUCCUGCUUUUUACACUUGUGGGCAGGCUCUUGGAGGACACAUGAGGAAGCAUUUCUUGGAGGAGCAAGCUGCAGAGGCUCCUGUUAAGGCACUGCAAAGCCCAAGGAUUUCCAACUUUGAUCUCAAUGUGAAACCAUGUGAUGAAGAAGAAGAAGGAGGACUUGAAGAAGGAGGAGCAAAAGAAGAAUAA